UUCAACGUAUGGUCCGACUGGUCAGGGGGAAACAUACAGGCUUACAAGAUAAAAAAUAAGCGAUUUUUUUGGUUUUGUUUUUGGUUUUUUUCCUUCCGGUUGUCCCAUUUUUAAGACACAUCCUUUGGUUUUUAACCCCCACGAAGAGUUGAAAGUGUCAGAUCCUUUCGGAAAGGGAAAGGAAACGUUGCUGUAAUCUGACACCAACCUCAGGCCCGAAAGGAAACUUCACACACUGGUUCACCAAGAUCAGCACUAUGACUGAUGGGGACUACGAUUAUCUGAUCAAGCUCCUGGCCCUUGGAGACUCAGGAGUGGGAAAGACAACAUUCCUUUACCGAUACACUGACAACAAAUUCAAUCCCAAAUUCAUCACCACAGUUGGAAUUGACUUUCGGGAAAAGCGUGUGGUCUAUAAUAGCCGAGGGCCAAAUGGAUCUCCAGGAAAAGCCUUUAAAGUUCAUCUUCAACUUUGGGACACAGCCGGACAGGAAAGGUUUCGAAGCCUCACCACAGCAUUUUUCAGAGACGCCAUGGGUUUUCUAUUAAUGUUUGACCUCACCAGUCAACAGAGUUUCUUAAAUGUCAGAAACUGGAUGAGCCAACUGCAGGCUAACGCAUACUGUGAAAAUCCGGAUAUAGUAUUAAUAGGCAACAAAGCUGAUCUAUCAGAUCAGAGGGAGGUAAACGAACGACAAGCACGAGAUCUUGCAGACAAGUACGGCCUUCCAUAUUUUGAGACAAGUGCAGCUACUGGACAAAAUGUGGAAAAGGCUGUGGACACCCUUCUGGACUUAAUAAUGAAACGUAUGGAGCAGUGUGUGGACAAGACCCAAGUUCCAGAUGCAGCCAAUGGAGGAAACUCGGGGAAGCUUGAUGGAGAAAAACCAGCAGAGAAGAAGUGUGCCUGCUAGACUUCCCUUUCAACUAAGAAUCAAGAACCCCAUACAAAUAUAUGACCAGAAAAUGGCUGACCAACUACUAAAUUGAUGUUUCCAUGGGCCUCACACACAUACCAUUUUAUUUUCUUUCCCACCAGCAAGCUAAUUUUUUAAAAAGAUAAUUAUCAUUGUUCCAAGGGAUCGAGGCCUUUCUGUGUUGAAACAAUUUUCCAACAUGUUUUCACCAUAAAGGAAAUGCAAUUUCUUUUUUUAAUUUUUUCAUUCCAAAAAUGCUACUUUCAGUAGCAUUGUCUAUGAGGCAGGGGGAGGAAAUGUUUGGGUCUUUUUAAUCAGAAAAAAAGAACAGCAUUCAUUUUUGUUAUGAGAGCUAUAUAAUGAAGGUUAUCAAAUUAAGAAAAAGGGAUGCUACAUAGGAUGCAUCCAUUUAUUUUAUAGAAUCUAAUGAUUAAUUCUUGGGUGCAUUUGCAUUGGAAAUAAUGUGUUAACUAAAGUGAUUUUCCAAGCAAAGAAUUUCAUGUGAUGCAUUAAGAAUGACCGCACUAUAUGUACAGAGACUAGAGUACCUGACAGACCAAGUAAGUGAAAAGAUUAUGGGGAGGGUAACUAGUUGUUAAAUUCAGAGAAUUGUGAAUUAUCACAUCCAUAUGUGUAUUAAAUGGCCAGUAGGGAAGGCUCACCUGAUUAAAUUAUUUUGGUUGUUCCUAAAUAUUAAAAAUAAUUUUGACCUGCCAAGAACAAUGUCAAAUUGUAAAUCCUAGACCCAGCUUACCCCCUCUUAUGUUUAGCAUCACAACUUUUAGUAGGACAAGAGGCCCUCUUAGUCACAGAACCCAGAGCUGAAUAGAGACCAAACCAGACCAUUAGGUGGUAACAGAUAUCAAUAUUUAACAACGGGUUCUAUUUUUUUUUUUAGUCCUGUAAAAAGAAAAACCCAACUGUUUGUGAUGGAGACAUGCUUGUAGAAGAAUAAUUACUGAGCUGUACUUGUUCAUAAUCUCAUUUUUAUCUUAAACAUUUUCAUCUCCUAAAGAACUCCCCAGAGCUUUUUUCUUGAAAUUUGAUUUCCAGAACCUAGGGAAGUAACCUCACAGAGCACAUGUGCCAAAAAGCCCACACUUCCAGCCUCUAUUUUGAUGCUAUUUCAUUAGGGGAAGCAGCAUGGCUCAGUGGAAAGAUCCUGGGCUUUGGAGU